CAAUCGGUGGAUAAAAGUGAGAGCGCUCUGGGCUUAGCAGCGUGUCAUACUUUCCAGUGGAAGAAGGCGGUGACAUCUUCAAACAACGGUGUUGCUCACACGACUCAGGAAGGGGGGCAUCGCUCGUUUGACUAACGCAGUGAGAUUAUGGGACAUGGGGCUCAACACACCGAUGACAAGGCAACGGGGAUGGUGGCGGAGGAAAUGAGGACGGUGGAGCCGGACAAAGGAGAGGGGGCUCGGUCCAAACAGUUCCCCCACUGGCUCCCAUCCCCUCGGCGAGGCAGCGAGACUUGGAGCCGCCAGUUGGAGUUCACCUUGGUCUGUGUUGGCUACGCGGUGGGACUGGGGAACGUCUGGAGGUUCCCCUACCUGUGCUAUAAGAGUGGGGGAGGUGCUUUCCUCAUCCCGUAUCUGGUCAUGUUGUUGCUCUGUGGGAUUCCACUGCUUCUCAUGGAAUUCACUGUCGGGCAGUUUACACGUUUGGGUCCUGUCCAUGCCUUGGCAAAACUCUGCCCUCUUCUGAAAGGUGUCGGCGUGGCGACGGUUGUGAUUUCAUUCUUGCUCUGUACUUAUUACAAUGUUAUUAUCACCUGGGCUCUGUACUACCUGUUCAACUCCUUUGGAUCAUCACUUCCUUGGCAAAACUGUAAUAACACAUGGAACAUCGUGGAGAACUGCUCCAAUGGAUUUCCUGGGAAUGCCACUCACCUUCGAUCCGCCAGUCAACAAUUUUUUGAUUACAGGUUGUUGCAGAUGAGCAGAGGGAUUGAAGAGAUUGGCAGCAUUUCCUGGGAGUUGUUUGGUCUACUCCUAUUAGCUUGGAUCAUUGUAUACUUCUGUAUAUUCAAAGGAGUUAAAUCAACUGGAAAGGUGGUGUAUUUUACAGCCAUUUUUCCAUACCUCAUCCUGAUAAUACUUCUGAUCAAUAACGUGCAACUACCGGGGGCCAAGACUGGAAUCCUCUUCUUCCUGACACCUGUAUGGAGCAAACUGCUGGAAGGCCAGGUAUGGGUGAAUGCUGCUGCACAGAUUUUUAACUCCAUUGGAAUCGGUUUUGGCACCAUGAUAUCUAUGGCCAGUUACAACAAAUUCAAUAACAAUAUACUCAAAGAUACACUCAUUGUUGCAGUAACAAACUCAGCUACAAGUAUUUUUGCAGGAUUUGUGGUUUUCUCUGCAAUUGGAUACAUGAGCCAUCAGUAUAACCUGCCUGUUGAAGACAUCGCCACUGAUGGCCCAGGACUAGUAUUUGUUGUUUACCCAGAAGCAUUUGUCACCAUGCCUCUUGCGCCGAUGUGGGCUUCAUUGUUCUUCUUCAUGCUUCUCUGCUUAGGUGUGGAUAGCCAGUUUGCUAUGGUGGAGGUGAUGGUUACCAGUUUGAUGGAUGCCUGGGGAAAGAAACUGCUUUAUUUCUUCAAGCGCAAAGAGAUUGUGGUUCUUCUCAUCUGUUUUGUUGCUUUCCUGCUUGGAAUUCCAAACAUCACCCAGGGUGGAAUCUAUGUGUUCCAACUGAUGGACCAUUACACCGCUGUCGUCUCUCUCAUGUUCCUGGCUUUCUUUGAAGUUGUGGCCAUUUGUUGGUGUUAUGGUGUCCGUAGGUUAUCUGCCAAUUACAAAGAAAUGCUGGGAGCUCCUCCAAAUCUCUAUUUCAAGUUGUGCUGGUGGGUUGCUUCUCCGCUCCUUGUCACAGUUAUCCUUGUGUCCAGCAUAAUCCGCUACAGCCCUGCCCGAUAUGGUAAAAUGUACACUUAUCCUCCAUGGGCAGAGGGCAUCGGCUGGAUUGUCUCCCUCUGUUCGAUCAUCUGGAUCCCACUUGGAGCUGUACACACAUUGUAUACUAGCAAAGGCUCAUUUGUUCAGCGCCUCCAUUCUUCAAUAUCUCCAGUUGCUGAUGUAAUUCCAACAGAAAACCAGGACCAAAUAGUCAAAUUGAAGUCUGAUAUAUACAGACCUUCAUGUUCUAUUACCCUUAUUGACAGCAAUGACCUCACAGAAGAUACUGGUCUAUAACUUACUUUAAACUUAUUGAAGAUGUGUUGGGGAAAAUAAGUUUCACUGAAAUAUUCCUUGCUUACACUGGCAUGACUUUAAGACAAACAAAAGAAUAUACAUUUUGGUGCUAUGGUCACAGAUUUAAUUGUUAUGGAAUCUCUGGAUGUAGGUUUGCUCUCUGAGCUGGAAGGUUUGUAUUCAGGCG